AUGGCACAGUCUUCUAUGGUCGGGACAUCGGGACAGAUAUCUUUCCAUGAGGGCUUGGAUCCGAACAAGAUCAUACGGGUUGAACGCGUCCAGGGUGGGGAAAGGGUACUCAUCGCUUACUAUCGCCAGGAUAAAAUGCCAUCAUACUUCGAAUGGAUCAAGGGAGCUCUUGUUUGGAAAGACAACCACAUACCUCGGGAUUCUACGUCCAUAAAGUUUGAGGAGGUGAUUAUUCCAUGGCCCCUGUACAUCAGCAUGUGUGUGAUAGCAGGCAUCGGCAUGUUCGUCACCGUAGGCCUUCUUGCCUUCAAUAUCGUCUAUAGAAACAACAAGUUUGUAAAGCUGUCAUCCCCUAACAUCAACAAUGUUCUGUUGUUCGGCUGUUUCCUAUGCUACAUUACCGUCUUCAUCAAAACAACUGGCACGCAUUACACCUCUGUAUGCGAGGCCCGUACCUGGUGCUUUUGUCUGGGCUUCACCAUCACGUUUGGUUCACUAUUCUCAAAAACCUGGCGAGUGUACAGGAUCUUCACAAACAAGAAACUCCUCCGAAUGACAAUAAAGGAUUACCAGCUUCUAGGUAUCAUCGCUAUUCUGGUCGGCGUUCUGUCCGUGGUGCUAAUUAUAUGGGAAAUACUCUAUCCGCAUCACAUCGUCACAGAUUAUCUAACAAAAGAGGUUUACCAAAUAGGAAAUGACGAGGAAGUCCACCCGUAUGUACGUGUUUGCUUCUCAGAAAACGCCAUCUACUUCAACUUGGUUAUCUACAUCAUUGAGGGCACGCUGCUGUCAUUUGGAGCAUUCCUCGCUUGGGAAACUCGACGGGUAAAAAUCGAGGCCCUCAACGACUCCCAACAAAUCGGCCUCUGCCUUUACAACGUUGUCGUCCUGAGCGCUGUUGGCCUCACUCUGUCCCUUGUCCUUAGCGACCAAGUGGUGUUGCUCUACGGAAUCACUUCCGGUUGUCUCAUUAUUGGCACAUUUGUGACACAAAUGGUCGUAUUUAUACCAAAGAUCCAUGCUGUACACAACAAAAUAGAGACGAACGGACAGCCCUGGGUCACAGGAGCGACUUCUGGAACAGGAGGGACAUUUGCCUCCCAAAAUAAUGCCCCUGUGACUAGCACCACUAACACUACCAAAUAA